AUGACAGUUAUUCCAAGUUUUCAGAUAGGGUCCCCGCCAACAUCUCCCUUGGCCUACGCCGGCCCGGUUACUGCCUAUCCAAGGAGCAAAGACCAGAUUAUAUGUGGGCCGUUGGAUUACCUCCUUUCGUCUGGGGGGAAGAACAUUCGGCACAAGCUCAUACUGGCAUUCAAUGAGUGGCUUCAAAUUCCUCCCAAAAAGGUGGACAUUAUAAGCGAUAUUGUGAAUCUACUGCACUCCGCAUCUCUGCUCAUUGACGAUAUCCAAGAUUCAUCGAAGCUUCGACGGGGGAAGCCAGUCGCCCAUAGCAUCUUUGGCGUGGCUCAAACCAUAAACUCCGCCAACUACGCGUACUUCCUGGCACAACAGAAGCUCUCCUCCUGGUAUAGCACACGUGCCAACGAUGUCUUUAUUGAGGAGCUCCUAAAUCUUCAUAGAGGCCAAGGGAUGGAACUGCACUGGCGAGAUACUUUGACAUGCCCUACAGAGGAAGAAUACAUUGACAUGGUUCUAGACAAAACGGGGGGUCUGUUUCGACUCGCAGUCAAACUCAUGCAGCUGGAAAGCAAUCAGAAAUGUGACUGCAUACCCUUAAUGAACAAAAUCGGUGCGAUCUACCAGAUCCGCGACGACAUUCUCAAUCUCAAGGCCAGCGAGUAUACUAAGAACAAAGGCUUCUGUGAGGAUAUCACGGAGGGGAAGUUUUCCUUCCCCAUUGUCCACAGCAUCAACAGUGACCCUAAAAAUAUGCAGCUCCUGAAUAUCCUGAGACAGAGAAGUGAUGACAUCACACUCAAGGCCUGUGCAGUCGACUAUAUCACUUCGACACAAAGCUUUACGUACAGCUACACAAAACUGAACUCAUUGAUCGUGGAGGCCAAGUCAAUGGUAGAGGAAUUAGAUGCCCAGAUAGGCCCCUCUACAGGCAUGGCCGCGUUCUUAGAAACAUUGAAACUGGAUUAA